AUUGACUCUAUCAAGCAUUUGGUGCUGUCACAAAGACAGCAUUCUGCUUUGCUGCCUGCUUAGAAGUGGCACUCUGAUUCUGUCUGGACAAUGCUCACUGAGAAGUGUUUGGGAUUUGUUUACUCCGGAUUGUAUCUAUGGGCAUCUUUGUUUCUGUCCUUCUUUAAAGUUUCCCAGCAGGGUGAAAACCAAAGGCGUCUGUAUAGAGAACUGUUGAGGAACUACAAUCGCCUUGAACGCCCCGUAGUGAAUGAUUCCCAACCUCUUAUUGUUGAGCUACAACUUUCUUUGCUGCAGAUAAUCGAUGUGGAUGAGAAGAACCAGGUGCUGAUAACGAACGCUUGGUUACAGAUGUCCUGGAUUGACGUUUACUUGUCUUGGGAUCAGUCUGCAUACCCAGGAGUCCAGAACUUACGAUUUCCCGCUGACCAGAUAUGGGUGCCAGACAUUCUUCUGUAUAACAGUGCGGAUGAAAGAUUCGAUGCCACAUUUCACACGAAUGUGUUGGUGAAUUAUUCUGGAUCUUGUCAGUACAUUCCUCCAGGCAUUUUGAAGAGCACGUGUUACAUUGACGUCCGCUGGUUCCCUUUCGAUGUGCAAAAAUGCGAUUUGAAAUUUGGUUCAUGGACCCACAAUGGCUGGCUGCUUGAUCUGCAGAUGCUUGAAGCUGAUAUUUCCAAUUACAUAUCAAAUGGAGAAUGGGAUUUAGUGGGUGUCCCAGGGAAGAGGAACGAGCUGUACUAUGAGUGCUGUAAAGAACCGUAUCCAGAUGUGACGUACACUGUAACCAUGCGCCGGCGCACUCUCUACUACGGCUUGAACCUACUGAUUCCCUGUGUCCUUAUAUCUGGCUUGGCAUUGCUUGUGUUCCUGUUGCCUGCUGACUCGGGAGAGAAGAUCUCUUUGGGCAUCACUGUCCUGCUGUCCCUGACAGUGUUCAUGCUGCUUGUGGCGGAGAUCAUGCCUGCCACCUCGGAUUCCGUCCCUCUAAUAGCUCAAUAUUUCGCUAGCAUCAUGGUCAUUGUUGGUCUCUCGGUGGUGGUGACCGUCCUGGUUCUUCAGUUUCAUCAUCACGAUCCACAAGCGGGAAAAAUGCCCCACUGGGUCCGUGUUAUCUUGCUGAAUUGGUGUGCUUGGUUUUUAAGGAUGAAAAAGCCUGGAGAGAACAUAAGGCCCCUCUCUUGCAAAUACAACUAUCCCAAGCACCGUUCAAGCAUCAGUAGCGUUGAGAUGAAUGUGUUACCCGGAUACCAAUCUAGCAACGGGAACGUGAUCUAUAGCUACCAUGCCAUGGAAAACCCAUGCUGCCCACAAAACAGCGACUCGGGUAGUAAGUGUGGAAAGGUUGCUUGUGCCUCUACAGAAGAUAUCGAGCUAGUUCAAAAGAAAGCUUUGAUGGAUACUAUCCCAGUGAUUGUCAAAAUCCUGGAAGAAGUUCAGUUCAUUGCGAUGCGCUUCAGAAAACAAGAUGAGGGUGAAGAAGUUUGUAGUGAGUGGAAGUUUGCAGCAGCUGUCAUAGACAGAUUAUGUCUGGUUGCAUUUUCACUCUUUGCAAUCAUCUGUACGUUUACAAUACUGAUGUCUGCUCCAAAUUUUAUGGAAGCUGUUUCAAAGGAUUUUGCAUAAGGCUCUCAAAGAGGUGCAUGCAGUACAAAAAAUGUCAUUUCAAAAUAAAAAACAUCGCCAUUAA